CUUGAAUGCUAAGCAGCACAGUCUGUUGUUUUGUUGUCCAUGUUGCUAAGCGACCAUCAGCAAGUCAAAGGCUGAAAGAAAAGACAAAUCCCGAAAGAGAACGAGACGUGGUGGAGGGCAGGAAAUUGCAAGUUUUAAGAGCCAAUCUCUGGUGCUUCUGUGUGGACCAAGGGUGCAGUGUUUGUGAAGACAAAAUGUGGGACACGAGGUCUCUCGAGAAGAUGGUGAACAGGACAACUCUAAGCACACAGAGAGUGCUCCACACACACAUUCUGGAACUAGGAGAACGGUUAUGUCCAUGGUCAUCUCCCAACGCUAGAAGAGAUGACCACCCAAAAUCGGCCACGAACUUAAUCAAUUUACAGCCUGCGAUUGGACGGGACCAGCCUGACGCCCCCGCCAUGGAGGAAUUUAAGCAGUUGGCAGAGAAAGAAAAACGUGAUGCCCUUAGACUCCAAGAGGAGAGUCUGCAGGCCAGUUUUCGAGAGGCCCUGCGAGCAAGGGACAGGCUGGAGGCUGGAAUGAGGCGAGAGCUCCAGAUCGAGCUGCAGGCCCAGUUCAGAGCUCAUUGUGAAGGCCUGAGGGCUCAGAUGGAAGAAGAGAAGGUCCAGGCCGUAGGGGAGGCCUGCAGGAAGCUGCGAGACCAGCUGCACAAAGAAGCAGAGGAGACCAGAGACAAAAUAGUACACACUGUACGAGAAGAGACACAGGAGUGUGUGAGGAGGUGUGUGCAGGAUGCCGAGAGAGGUAUUCGUGAGGAGUGUGACAUGAAGGCAGAGAGAGAGAAACAGGCCCUACAGGACAGACAUGAAGGGGAGAUAUCUGAGCUACAAAACAGGAUACAGCAGCUGCAGGACAGUCUGGAGCAGGCCUGCGGGGAGCGCAUUCAGUACGAAGCAGAGUUUAAGAAGGUGCAGGCCAGCUACAAGCGGUUUGUGGACUUGACCGAUUCCUCCCUCCACUCUGAUUACCUCUUAAAGCUGCGCAGACUGGGGAGAGAGCCAGGUCUCAUGGACACUGCGACACAGACUGAUGAGAUCACCUCCUAACUGUGAUCUUGUAACGGCAGUGUUCUCUCAUCCCGGCGUCUGGCUAUUUGACAUGACGUGUCAUAGUAGUGUCCUGUGGCACAUGCCGUACUUCGUCUAAAGCCACAUUAAGCAUUUGUCUGACAUUUUCAAGAAACUAUAGGAACGUGCCAUUUAGAAAUAUAUUUACAGCUUGAAAGUUGUUAGAAAAAAAUCUAUUUAUCUUUCACGGUACCAAGGUUGAGAACUUUACAACCUAUUGUGUAGAUAUACGAAAUGAUUAAUGUUUACAGCAUGCUAUCUCUGUAUGCAUGUAAAACUAUGUCGAACUAAUAGGUUUAACGGAUGCAAUUUUAAUAAAUGCUUCUGAAUAUUUAAUGCCCUUUAUCUUAUUUUACAUUGUAGUGUAG